AUUCAAAUCCAUCCUACUCAUUAUGGCCAAUCGAAUAUAUCUUUCUCAAUCCACCGACUCCUAAUUCACUUCUAAUUCACUUCUAAUUUUAGGGUCAGACUGGCCCUAACAGGACCGUGUGCACUCUACCCACAAUAACAAAAACAUUGACCGGUAGAGAUUUAUCUGCUUGCAACACAUUUUUGUAAUUAGAGCUUUCAUUUACUGAAUACAUCUAAUUCUUAAUUGGAACUCAUUCAUCAACAUUCAACUAAACACUUCCUUCACCGCUGCGCAAUCCACUCCUGCCACCGCUCACCGGAUUCUAGCUGUUGCCUGCUUCCUUUCAAUUUGUUUUUGAACAAUAUUCUUGAAAAAAUGGCGUCAAUAACAAAAUGGCCUGUGGAAGAACAAGAUUUGCUAGCAUGUUGUGGCAGCACCAAAUUUGCCAAACAAAUGGCUGCUUUAUCCCCCUUUUCCAAUCUUAAUCAUGCUGUUGAUGCUGCUAGAGAGAUCUGGUUCAACAAAGUUGACGUUUGUGGGUGGAUUGAAGCAUUCUCAGCUCAUCCCCAGAUUGGUCAAUCUGCUUCUUUGUCUCAUGCUACAGAGACUAGUGCCCAGUGGAGCAAGGGAGAGCAGUCAACUGCCAUGGCAACAGCUACUUCUACUACACUACAGGAGCUAACUGAAUGGAAUGCCCGAUACAAGGAGAAGUUUGGAUUUGUCUUUCUUAUUUGUGCAUCAGGAAGGAGUACAGAAGAAAUCUUAUCUGAGUUGAAGAAACGCUACUUAAACAGGCCUAUAGUUGAGUUGGAAAUAGCUGCUCAGGAACAAAUGAAAAUAACUGAAUUGCGUCUUGCCAAACUCUUCUCAACAAAAUUAAGCACUGCUACAGCUACUGAACAUCAAUCUGUAUCAGUCGCAAAAGCUAAUGAUCGCUUGAGCAUGAUUAGUGCACAUUUCACCUCCGCAUCAAAUUCUCCCGGAAAGACAAAACCUCAAAUUCCAAAGCGAAAUCGGCCUCCUAUCACCACCCAUGUCCUUGAUUUGGCUAAAGGUCAUCCGGGGGCAGGGAUUGAUGUACAGUUGGAGGCUUGGGUGGGGCCAGAGCCUCACCCUGUAUAUCUCGGGUCCAAUCAAAGUGGUUGGACUCUUGUGGGAUCCGGUAAGACGGAUAAUGAUGGUAGAAGUAAUCCGUUAAUGGAAAUUGUCAAUGCAGUUAAACCUGGUACUUACAGGAUCAGUUUCAACAUAUCCAAGUACAAUCCAUCGUGUUUUUUCCCUUUCGUGUCUAUAGUGUUUCAGAUAACUGAAUCGCAGAAGUUCGAACAUUUUCAUGUGCCGUUGCUACUUUCGCCUUUUGGAUUCUCGACAUAUCGUGGAAGCUAGAACCUUUUGUGCAUUUUCCUGUUUAUGGUUUAAAAGAACUUCUGUCAGCAGUAUGAGCUUUCGUUGUAAUUUGUAAUGUGCCAUUUUCUUACUUGCAAUUGUGUAUUCUUAAAAAUUAACAAAAGUAAUUAAUAUGCUAAUAUUACUAUAUUAGUAUUUGAAAAUGCGAUUAAACUGAACAAUUAAAUAGAAUUUAUUAAAUACAAAUAACGCAUGAUUAAA